AUGAACCAUGUCAUACACAUUGAUGAGAAAUGGUUCUAUCUCAAUCCUGAUAAGAGGAGAUUUUAUCUCCUCCCUAAGGAGAAAAAUCCCUACAGGGCGCAACAGACAAGAAGAUUCAAGCUAAAGGCAAUGUUCAUGGCAAUCAUUGGGAAGCCAUUGUAUGACACAAAUGGGGAACUACUCCAAGAUGGGAAGUAUGUCAUAUUCCCAUUCACAAUCAAAGAGAGAGCUAAGAAAUCAAGCAAAAAUAGAGCAGCAGGCGCAUUGGUUAUCAAGGCACUCCAAAAUGUCAACAGAGAGGUUAUUAGAGAUAUGUUACUCACUAAGGUCAUACCAGAAAUUGUGUCUAAAUGGCCUGAAAGUCUGCCCAAAAAUGUUGUCAUUCAAUGGGACAAUGCAAGGCCUCACCAAAUUCCCAGAGAUGAGGAGUUCAUUGUAGCAACAACAGCAAAUGGGUUCAACAUUCAAAUUGUAUUCCAACCAACACAGUCACCUAAUUUGAAUGUGUUGGAUUUAGGCUUAUUUAGGUCAAUUCAGUCUUUACAAUAUCAUUAUUUUCCUAGCAACCUAGAUGAGCUAGUUGAGAAAGUCAUUGAGUCUUAUGACACAUUCAAACCUCAAGUCAACAAGUACAUAUGGGUGACUUUGCAAAGAUGUAUGAUAAAAAUUCUGAAGGCACAAGGUGGGAACAAGUACAAAAUAUCCCACAUGAACAAAAAGAAAGUUGAAAAUCUUGGCAUUCUACCAGAUUAA